ACACAGGUCUGGAACCAUUCCGUGCUGUAUCUCCUUCUUCCAACAUGUGUACCGGCAAGUGUUCCAAGUGCGUUGGGAUCUCCCUUUUUCCCUUCUCCAUCAUCUGCAUCAUCGCCAACCUCUUCCUCCUCUUCCCUGGACUCAGUGUGGAACCUAUCCAAAAUGCGUCCACCCAGAUGACCCCUGAGGUUCUCUACCUUGGGGGGAUCAUUGGAGGGGGCUUCCUGGUCCUGAUUCCUGCCAUUCACAUUCUGUUCACGGGAAAAAAGGAAAACUGCUGCAACAAUCGCUGUGGGAUGUUUCUGUCCAUCAUCUUUGCCGCUAUUGGGUUGGCUGGAGCAGUAUAUGCCCUGGCUGUGUCUGCCAUUGGAAUGGUGUAUGGGCCUGUCUGUCAAUUUAAGGAUUCUUAUAAUGAAUUGAUUUGGGGCCAGCCCUUCAAAGACGACAUUCAUAACUUCAAUAAUGAGAGUUACCUCUUCAAUAAGAAACUAUGGGAAGUUUGUUUGAUCCCAGAGAAUGCGGCGGCAUACAACAUUACUCUCUUUUCCUGUGUCCUGGCUGCCAGCGCCAUAGAAAUCAUUCUGUGUGUUGUACAAGUCAUAAAUGGCCUCGCCGGCUGCAUGUGUGGCACCUGUCAGAAAAAGAACUGAGACUGUCAUUCCUCACACCCUAUGACAUAGACUUCCCUGAUUUCCUGCUGCGUCCACAGUUGUCUCCUCCAGAGGCUGGUUCCUUUGAGAGUCUCCCCUACCUUCAUGGUCUAGCCCACUAAUUGGUCUGGCAUUUCCAGGGAUCUGAGCAUUGACUUCAUACUUGUACUUGUGCAUAGAUGGGGAGAAAAUCCACUUGUUGAUCAUAUAAUCAGCACACGUAAGUGUCCUGGCCAAAAAUAUUGUUUUCAUGGGGGCCCUAUAUAAAUUACUUCUAUGGGUCCAAAAAGUUUCUCAUGGAGGCCCUGGUUAGAUGUACAAAGGCAAAAUGAAAGGGUGUCCACCCCAGAUGAAGCCACUCCAUACGUCUCCCAUGUGAGGGAUUCUGGGAGCUUUGCACUGGUGUACAUAUCAUUUGUAUUUAUAAUUAAUGUAAAUAUUUGUUUAUCAAUAAACCAAAUACAAACCA